AUUUUAUUGGAAAUCUAACGUGUCAACAAUACAAUACUAAAAAAAAUAUAUAUAUAGGAAUCAUCAACUAUCUCAAUUUGAUCUAAAUGUAAAAAGCAUUAACCGCAGAGUUCUCAAUUGUUUAAUACAGCGCUUUGCAAAACAAAGAAAAAACCGAGCACGCAGUGUAAAAUCAUGUAAAAUAAAAGGACUAUGCUCGCUUUCACUCACCUUAGUCGCUUAGUUUGGGUUGACAGUAGGACAACCAGUUAGUUACUCAUAUUUUGUGCGCUACUACUGUAGUUUCAUGCACCAUUUGAUGUUGUCAUGCAAAUUUCUCUACGACCAGCUAAAAAUUGUUUUCGUGAAGUUUUGGUAUGGCAUGCUUUACUGUUAUUUCGCUGCACGCACCGCAUUUGCAUGGGGUGCUCAAAAGAUGAACGCUUUCGGGGUGGAUCUGGGUGCGGAAACUGGUAUAUUGGCUAUAAGUUUGAUGGCAAAUAGGAGACUUCAUACACUUGAACGUCUCCUGUGGUUCGGCAUAGUUUUUGUCUCGAUGUUUGCCGCAAUUAGUUUAAGUGGUGUCCAGCUAAAACGCUAUUUUAAUUCGCCGACUGUCAUCUCACUGGAUCGUGACUAUCGCGGAUGGCAAGGCCCAUUGCCAGCUGUAACACUGUGUUAUUACGAUCAUAUUGAUUCCUUUAAAGCGAAUAAAUACAUACAGAAUAAAUGGAAUGUUUCCAUUGUAGAUAAUGAUUAUUUCUACUUUAUGGAUUUUCUCCAUGCUGUAGUCAAUGCAACCGCUAGCAAUUACGUUGAUUUGGCUCGUUUCGCUGAGGAUGAACGUUUCGAUGAUGUGGAUCUGUCGGAGUUGGUACAAUCGAUAGAUAGGCCUUUCGAACAAACCUUGACUAGCUUCGAUAACCAAAAUUCUACAAUUCAAAUAAUGCCUGUAAUGACGGAAAAUGGCUUUUGCUAUGCGUUUAAUUCACCGAUGUCGGAAAUGUUGGCUGGGAGAAGCAUUAACUACCAGGAUGUCAUACAACCGUUAACCUGUGAAUAUGGCAAACAUCAGUGCUUCAUUAAAAUGGAUUUGUACGAGAGUACGGGAACGGUGGUUGUACAUUCGCCAUUUGAGGUGUCAGCAAGCGAUGCUAAUAUUAUAGCCUUACACAAGUCCGAUGAAAUAAUUGCUUCCUUCAAGGUUAUCGAAACAGUUGCUUCGAAAAAUUUGCGUGAUCUACAUGUGGGUCAAAGGAAAUGUGUUUUCUAUGAUGAGGGGACGACCCAACUGAAGGUAUACAGUAAGACUUUGUGUUUGGUACGGUGUCGCGCUGUCAUGGCGUUGGAGAUGUGUAAUUGUGUGCCAUUCUUUUACACGUUUGUGGAAGGUCCUAGUUGUAAUCCUGCUGGUUUCGAAUGUCUAUUGGAUUUUAAGUGGCCAAUUUGGGCGCUACAUAUUUGCAAAUGUCCGAGUACUUGUACAGAAAUCGAAUACACUGUGCAGACAAUUAAAAAGAGCUUUUGGGGUGUCAAAAUGAAUGAUGAGGCCGUCAAUACAGAUGUAACAUCCAGUUUUCGUUGGGAUGUAAUACCACCGAAAGUGCGUAUGAGACGUGAUGUCGUCUUUAGCUUCGAAGACUUAUUAGGAAUGUUUAUGCUGCUACAAAAACAUUAAGAAAAAGGUGAAUUCUUUGAAUUCGGGCUAAGUCAACAGUUCAAGCAAUAUUAAAAAAACCUCGAAGUGGUCGUCCGCCUAAAAUAAAAGAACAGUCGAAAUACAUUGGAAGCCGGCCACAUACCGAAACAGUACGAAAUGUUUUAGAGAAAACGGAUCUAAUAGCCAAUUGCCGACAAAAAUUACAAUUUAAAACCGAUAUUUCUAAAAAUAAACGGCUCGAAUUCGCAUUGCAGUAUGCCGACAAAUCGACUGAUUUUUGGACAAAUUUGUGUUUGGUGCUUAGAGUAAAUUCAAUUUAUUCGGACGUGGAGGUAAACGGAAAAUAUGGCGCAAAGCGAAGGAAGAGCUGCAAUGGAAAACAACUUAUCCCAGCUUAGAAGCAUGGUGGAGGUUCGAUGAUGGUAUGGCGCUGUAUGUCAGCGAAUGGGGCUGGUAAAUUGCAGUUUGUGGAAAUAAGUACUGACCGGUUUAACACUUAGACAUUCUAAAAAGCAAUUUGAAAGAAACAGUAAGCAAAUUUGGUCGGAGUAGCGGAUGAUAUUUCCAACUGGACAAUGAAGCACAAAUAAAUAGUAAACGAAUGGUUGCUUUAUAACGUGCCAAAACAAAUCCAUUCGCCAUCUCAAUCACCGGACUUCAGCCCUUUAAAACAUUUAUAGGAAGAAUCAGAACGCGGGAUACGUAAAAGAACUGAAUUAAGGAAUAAUCUGGAGCACGAAUGGAACCAAAUAACAUCCACAAAAAAGAAAAAAAAAAUAGUUUUCUCAAUACAAAUUGGAUAUAGGCAGUAGCAGAAGCAAAGGGAGGCCCAACUUGGUACUAACUAAACCAUUUACAUUUAAUAUAUUGGGUAUGGGAAUAAGUUUCCGUGUCGCUGCUGAUACUAUUUUUGUGUUCACUCUAGUAGUAUCCUGGUGAUUUGAAGGUGUAUGUGUGAGGUCUCGAUCGCAGUAGUUGACAUUCGUUUGAAGCGUAAAGAUCCUUUUUAUCUGACGUCAAAAAUGUCUACGUUCGUCCCGAAAAAACAGCAUUAGCGGGAAGUCAUGCUUCAUUAUUACGUUUUAAAGAAAAGUGCAGUUGAAACGUGUGGUAUAUUGAUCAAUAUUUACGGAAAAUCGGCCGGAAUGAGACGGUAGAAAUGACAAACUGAUUUUGGUGCGUGACAACGCCGUUGCUAAAUUGGCGCAGAAAUAUUUAGAGGGACUGAAUUGGAAAAAUACCGCCCCGCCGUAUUCCCCAGACAUUGCACCUUCGGAUUACCAUCUGUUACGAUGAAUGCAGUCAGCCCUUAUUGAAGAGCGGUUCACUUUUUACGAGAGCAUCGCAAACUGGAUCAAUGAAUGGGUCAAUCGCAAAAUGUGUUGGGUUGCGCAUAACUCACCUACACAUGAACCAAUCUUAACAAUUCUUUUUUUAAAUGUUCCUUGAAGUCCAAUAAUGGUUUGUACGGCGAGAAAAAUUCGAAUAACUUGCGGGAAAACCCUAAAACAGCCCUUUUCUUUUUCUUAUACAAAUAUUGCGCGUUCGUGUAUUUGCGUGUUCGCGUUGGUGGAUAUAAUGCGUUCACACAAAAGUGAUAAUAUCGUGAACUCGACCAAAUUGAAAAGUCAAAAAAUGUAAGAGCUAUAGAUUUGAUUGGCCUCGCAAUUUUCUUUCUUUUGUUUUAGUUUCAGAAUGAGUUAAGGAAUGAUUUCAUUCACAAAUAAUAAAUAAAAUAGUUAAGUAUAUUAAAUUCUAAGAAUAAUCAUGCAGGGCUAAACAAAUCCAAACAUAUUUUAAGAAUGCCAAAAGAUAAACAUAUUUUAAAAAGAACAAAAGACAAACAUUAUUAAUUAAUGUAGAAAACUUAUGUUUCUCACAUGGUCA